CGGGGCCCCUCCCCGCGACCUCCGGGCCCUGUGGCUCGGACGCCCCCGGCGCGCGCGCGAGGCCGGGGCUCCCCGCCGCUUCGGGGAGCGAGAGGGAGGCGGCCGGGCGGCGCGCAGUCCCCGCCGUCCCAGGGUCGCGGGGCCGGGCCCCGGGUGUUGCAUGCGGGGCGGGGUGGCUGUGAGCGGAGGCGAAGAUGGAAGGUUUAACGCUGAGCGAUGCGGAGCAGAAAUACUACUCGGAUCUCUUCUCCUACUGCGACAGCGAGAGCACCAAGAAGGUGGCGGCCCACGGGCGGGUGCUGGAGCUGUUCCGGGCCGCACAGCUGCCCAGCGACGUGGUCCACCAGAUUAUGGAGCUUUGUGGUGCAACUAGACUUGGUUAUUUUGGAAGAAGUCAGUUCUAUAUUGCUUUGAAACUUGUAGCUGUUGCCCAGUCUGGCUUUCCUUUAAGAGUGGAAAGUAUAAAUACAGUAAAGGACCUUCCUCUGCCAAGAUUUGUUGCUUCAAAGAAUGACCAGGAAUCUCGUCAUGCAGCCUCAUAUUCUUCAGAUUCUGAAAAUCAAGGGUCUUAUUCUGGUGUAAUUCCCCCACCACCGGGCAGGGGGCAAGUGAAAAAGGUAUCCACAAGCCAUGAUACUGUCCAGCCUCGUACAUCUGCAGAUCAGCAGGAACCUGUAUCCCCAGUAGUUUCGCCACAGCAGUCUCCACCAACUUCUCCACACACAUGGAGGAAGCACAGCCGCCAUCCCAGUGGAGGAAACAGUGAGAGGCCUCUUGCAGGACCUGGGCCAUUUUGGUCUCCCUUUGGUGAAGCACAAUCAGGUUCUUCUUCUGGUGACGCAGUAUGGUCAGGGCACUCUCCACCUCCACCUCAAGAAAAUUGGGUCAGUUUUGCAGAUACCCCACCAACCAGUACUCUUUUAACCAUGCAUCCUGCUUCUGUCCAGGACCAGACAACAGUACGAACUGUAGCAUCAGCUACAACUGCCAAUGAAAUUCGUAGGCAAUCCAGUAGUUAUGACGAUCCCUGGAAAAUAACAGAUGAACAAAGACAGUAUUAUGUAAAUCAAUUUAAAACCAUUCAGCCUGAUCUAAACGGAUUUAUUCCAGGAUCUGCAGCUAAAGAGUUUUUUACAAAAUCAAAACUUCCUAUUCUUGAACUUUCUCAUAUUUGGGAGCUCUCAGACUUUGAUAAAGAUGGAGCCUUGACACUGGAUGAGUUUUGUGCUGCUUUUCAUCUGGUAGUUGCUAGGAAGAAUGGCUACGACUUACCGGAAAAACUCCCUGAAAGCUUAAUGCCCAAACUGAUUGAUUUGGAGGAUUCAGCAGACGUUGGGGAUCAGCCAGGUGAGGUAGGUUAUUCAGGCUCUCCUGCAGAAGCACCUCCAAGCAAGUCUCCAUCAAUGCCGUCACUAAACCAGACUUGGCCUGAGCUGAAUCAGAGCAGUGAGCAGUGGGAGACAUUUAGUGAACGCUCUUCAAGCUCACAAACUCUGACCCAAUUUGAUUCUAACAUUGCACCAGCUGAUCCUGAUACUGCUAUUGUUCAUCCAGUUCCCAUUCGUAUGACUCCAAGCAAAAUCCACAUGCAGGAAAUGGAACUUAAAAGAACUGGCAGUGAUCAUACUAAUCCCACUAGCCCAUUACUUGUGAAAACAUCUGACCUUUCAGAAGAAAAUAAGAUAAAUUCAUCAGUGAAAUUUGCUUCUGGAAAUACUGUAGCAGAUGGUUACAGUAGUUCAGACUCUUUUACUUCGGAUCCAGAACAGAUUGGGAACAAUGUAACUCGUCAGAGGUCUCAUUCAGGAAUGUCACCUGAUAACACUGCACCACCACCUCCGCCUCCAAGGCCUCAGCCCUCUCAUUCUAGAUCGUCAUCUUUAGAUAUGAAUCGGACCUUUUCAGUCACCACAGGACAGCAACAGGCUGGAGUUGUUGCCCAACCUCCUGCAGUGCCUCCAAGACCACAGCCCUCACAGGCUCCUGGUCCCGUUGUGCAUCGCCCAGUGGAUGCCGAUGGCCUAAUAACUCACACUAGUACCUCACCUCAGCAGAUACCAGAACAACCAAAUUUUGCAGAUUUCAGCCAAUUUGAAGUAUUUGCUGCAUCAAAUGUAAAUGAAGAACAAGAUGAUGAAGCCGAGAAACAUCCAGAGGUCUUGCCGGUUGAAAAAGCUUCUGAUCCUGCAAGUUCUCUUCGAGUUGCCAAAACAGAUAGUAAAAUUGAAGAAAAGACAGCUGCUAGCGCUCCCGCCAAUGUGAGCAAAGGCACAACACCUCUUGCUCCACCACCUAAACCUGUUCGAAGGAGAUUAAAAUCAGAAGAUGAAUUAAGGCCAGAAGUUGAUGAACAUACACAAAAGACAGGUGUCCUAGCUGCUGUUCUUGCAUCACAACCUUCUAUUCCUAGGUCUGUUGGAAAAGAUAAGAAAGCUAUUCAGGCGUCAAUUAGACGCAAUAAGGAAACCAACACAGUUUUGGCCAGAUUGAAUAGUGAAUUGCAGCAACAAUUAAAGGAUGUUCUUGAGGAGAGAAUUUCCCUGGAAGUUCAACUGGAACAACUUCGACCAUUCUCUCACCUAUAAGCCAAUUGCCGUUAACUGUGAACAUACCCAUUUUUAAGCGGUUUUGGGUUCAAAGCCAUUUGGAGACCCAAACAUUCAGCUCACUGCUUAAUUCAACAUUAAAUUUUAUGAUUCUGUUUCGCCCUAUGUGUUCACCAUUGUAUUUAAGUACCUUUUAUUUUUUAAUUGCAACAAUAAAAGGGUCAGGAUGA